UGCCGGGCUGCGGCUGCUCCCGCCGCCUCUGCCCGGCCCGGAGCCGGGGCUGCCCGAGCGCUGCCCGGGCGCGCCGGGGAAGGAAGGCAGCGCGACGUUCGGCUGCCUGGAUGACAGCGCCUACGACAAAAGCGGGAGAGUGAACGGCAAGGCUGGCAGAGAGAAGCCAAGGUGUCUCCGAAGCCAAGAUGCCAGUGGCUGUCAGCGAAGUCUGCUGAGGGAGAGACCCGAGCGCGCCCGCGUUCCCAGAGCCAGCCGGGGAGGGGAUGUUUUAACCACGAUUUCAAACAGCGGCAGCAGCAGCGGUGGCAGCAACAACAACAACAGAUUGCUCCCCCCCUCUCGCUCCCUCCCUUUCGACCCCGCUUUAAACCCGAGCAAGUGACCGACCGUCCAGACGAUGAUGCUCUUGCUGAGCCACUGACAAAGAAAAAGCAAGUCACCCAUUCCUGACAGCGGGACAACUGGCUGCUCGCAAGUGGGAGAUGUCAGGCUGUUGAACUUUUUUGUCCUGUGAUGAUGCUGUAGUGAGCUUGCUGAUCUGAAAGCCAUCUCUUCUGGAUUUCUGAGUGGGCCAGAUUGAAAGAGAUUAAUGGACUGAUCGGCCACCAGGUCUCUUCAGGGGGAUUCAUCCCUUCAGCCCCUGCCUGUCACUCGGGUGCUCGCGGUUGGGGGGUCGCUGGUGAAAGGCUGUGUUUCUCCUCACCAGGUCUCCUCUGCAGAGGAGAAGAGGCAGAUGAGACUCCAAGACUGCCUCCAGGGCAGAACUUUGUAGUGCUCUCAGCAUCCCUCUGCAGCGUGGAUGUGAGCCGCAGGAGUUGGGGAUGUUUGAGGCAGUCUGUGCCAAGUGACACCUAGCAGCUGCUCCGGUGGCUUUUGCGUGGUCUCACCCCCAACGGCUUUGCCUGUUGUGAAGAUGUCCAUGGUGUUUCUGUGAAGCUGAGGCAUGGCUGCUGGAAGGUUACUGCUCUAUGCUGGCCUCUCUUUAGCUCUGUGUGCCCUUGGCAUGCUGGCUGUGGCAAUCUGCUCUGACCAUUGGUACGAAACUGAUGCCAGGAAGCACAGAGAGAGGUGCAAGAGCAUCACCACUAAGAGAAAUGAUCCUGGCUUCAUUUAUAACUCCAACAACAACCUGCCUCUCAGGGCCAGCAGGUCUAGGUUGGACCGCUGGGAAGGGAAACUCCUCUUGGCAAGAAACAGGAGGCAGAUCUUUGCUAUGAGCGCAGUCGACGAGUGCAACAGACAGUACAACUCCACCAAUAUGGGGCUCUGGAGGAAAUGCCACCGACAAGGAUUCGACCAGGAGCUGGAGGAGCUGAUUGCCAAAGGAGCAAUUGAGCGGUGCUCAUACAUCAAGUACCACUACUCCUCAGCCACCAUCCCCAAGAACCUUACGUACAACAUCACCAAGACAAUCCGCCAGGAUGAGUGGCACGCCUUGCAUCUGCGCAGGAUGACCGCUGGCUUCAUGGGCAUGGCCGUGGCCAUCAUCCUCUUUGGGUGGAUUAUCGGCGUCCUGGGGUGCUGCUGGGACCGAGGCCUUAUGCAGUAUGUGGCAGGGCUUCUCUUCCUCAUGGGAGGAACCUUCUGCAUCAUUUCACUGUGCACGUGCGUGGCUGGAAUCAACUUUGAGCUCUCCCGCUACCCCCGCUACCUGUACGGACUGCCCGACGACAUCAGCCAUGGCUAUGGCUGGUCCAUGUUCUGUGCGUGGGGGGGCCUGGGCCUCACUCUGAUCUCUGGCUUCUUCUGCACUCUGGCCCCUUCUGUCCAACCUGUCCCCAGGACCAACUGCCCCAAAUCUAGACCUGAGAAUGGGACAGUGUGCUAAAACAAAUAGCAAACAAUACACACACACACAAAGACAUAUAUAUAUAUAUAUAUAUAUAUGCCUAAGUAUGCCUAUACAUGCAUAUAUAUGUAUAUAUAACUAUAUAUAUAUAAAAUCUCAAAUUAAUGCCAGUGCCAAGGUAGAGCUGAGUCCAACAUGGCACUCACAUCUCCACUGGACUCUGUGUUGCUUCAUUUCUUUCUCACAGUGAUGGGAAAGCUUUUCUCUCACAUGGCUCUUCAUCCAACUCUUAACUUCAGCAUCAUACCUUAGAGGUCAAAUGAACCUACAGUUGCACCUACCUACUGCCAUUUGGGAGGGGGAACCGGGGAUCCAUGUGGGGAAUCUGGAACCAGAAUCUGUACAGGACAUGGUGGGGGCAGAAGCAUGGGGGGGAAUGACACAAAAAGCGUGUCCAUUGCAGCCAGAAGGGAAAAUGUAAACAGCAAGUAAAAUGAAGCAUUUGAGCCACUUCAACAACAUACCUCCUCAAGGCCAUUCUCAGAAACCCACCCACGUUCUUUUUCUUUCUUAAAACGACAGAAGUCGUGUCAUUGGUUUUGGGGUUUUGUUGUGGUUUUUUUCUCCUUAAAACGCAGAAAACAAAAUGGACAGAAUGUGUGAGGAAAAGUAGAAAAGCAUUUUCUCUUUGCCUGCCAAACUUUAGAGAGAAGCAAACAAGUGAAAAUAAUAACGAUAAUAAUAAUAAAAAAAUCUAAGAAAAUAAAACCAGAAAACAAUAAAAAUCUCCAGGAGGACAUCUCAGCGGACUUUCCAACAAUGCGGUUUUAAUCUUCCAGCUGCCUUACAUCCAGGCUCACAACUGAGGCUGAACUGCUAAUGUAAAUGCAGCAGAAGGCCUUUUGAAAAUGCUGUGAUACAUGUGUGUAUAACUUUUUCUUCCCUCUUGCUUUAUUUAUUUUUUUUAACAAAAAGAAAAAUUUAAAACAUUGCAAUGUGAUUGUCCACCAAACCAUCCAUGCUGUGUUUGUGGCCCAAGACUGAGGCACCGCAACGGCAGAAGCGUGAGGAAAGCCGUCAGGUCGGAGACAGUGCGUCUUCUCUGGUGGAUUUCAGCAGUUGUUUUUUUUUUUUAACGGAGCUUCUGAGAGUUCAGGAUGGUGGAUCCAGGGGAAGACUGACCAAGGAGAAGGGAGGUGGGGGAAGGCCUGGUAGCUGUUCUUCCCAGGGAUUUGAUGGAAUGGGAUUUCAUCAAGUUUCCGGUUUGGAUGUUUGAGACAACUGAGCAAAAGCCAUUGUGGAGGAGGAAAAGGGAGCUAAUUUCUGUAGAAGGGAAGUAAGAGAUGCCUCUCAUUGUGUUCAUGCCAAAUAAGACCUUCCCACAUCUUGUCUUUGGAAACUGCCCCAAUUCAAUGGACAUCUCCUCUCUCCAUCUGGGACAACUGUGUACAGAUGGAUGUGAAAGGGUCAGAUGCAGAGAACAGAGAUCCAUUUCCCAUGAGCUUAAGCAUUGUAUGAUAUAACUGUGAAUCUGCAAAUGAAACUCUCUCUCUUUUUUUGGUCUUUCUCUUUUUCCUGCUACUCCUCUUCCUAUUGUCUCCUUUUUCCUUCCCUCUGCUCUUCCCGUUGUUCAGGUCAUAGGUCCCAGAAGAGCUAAACAAACAGCUAAGUCUGGAGAGGUGGCUGAAGGCCAUUAGAGGAAGAAAAGCUUUUUGGCUGUGAGGACAGUGGGUCCUUGCAAGGUACCAGUGGCUGAGUGGAAGGUAGGGAAGAAGGGCCAAGGUUUUAGCCAAGGGACUCUGAAGAACGAUGACUGAAUUGCCAUGUACAAAAGUGAGGGCACCACUGACAAAUAUGCAGGCAAAGGGAGACAGGAAAAGAAAAAAGGUCUCCCCAAAACCAAUCCAACCCAACAUGCUCUUAAUUCAGGGAUAGUACCAGCAAUCCUUUCUUACCUGAUAGCUGCAUGAUAUAGUUCCUCAUUAGUCAAUAAAAAGUAAUCCUCUCCAUCUAAAAUAUCUACCAGGAGAAGAAGCCUGGGCCUGCUGCACAGAAAUGCAGGCAUUAAUUUCCAGGUCAUGCCAUUUACACAGCUGGCAAGAAACAGUAUUGCUUGGUUUAAAAAUAUCCAGCUAACAAAUAACUUCUACACAUGUAGUUGUAUUACAGUGCUCAGAGAAAUGAAGUUUCUGGAGGGUUUGUUGGAAUAGAGUAGAUUUGGGUUUCUUCCAGUCUUGCUCAACCACCUAGCUUUUGUUUUCUGUUGUCUACAGAUUUCCCAAACAUACCAGUGCCAGCUGCUAAGUCAGUGUGUUUCCACUGAAGUGCCAUCCCUGUCAACUGAAGUUUCACAAUUUCAUUUUACAUUAGAUGUGACCGGAGAAAUUACUUAUUUAUUCGAGUUGAAAAUACAAGCCUUUUGAAAAACCUUCCUUUUUAAGCAGAUUGGUUUAUUUAUUUUUUUCUGGGAAGGUUUUCAAAUAGAGUGGUUUUGAAAAGUUUUGAAAUCAUUUGACUGUGCAAGUGCCUACUUGGUAAGGAGGUUGAUGAAUUACCAUUGAAUAGAAGAAGGAAAUUUAAAACAAAAAUAGCCUUGGAGAGCUAAAUGAAGGCUGAAUGCAGAAAACCAGUAACUGGAAACCAAAAAAGACCUAGUAAAAAAUUGUUCAUUUCUUCAAAGCAUGAAACAUUUUGGAAAAAACCCCAACUUAUUGGUAAGAAAUUAUACAGCUGCUUAAUUAAAACAGUUUGCUUUGAAUGCAAACUUUCUUCCUCCUCUGCAGUGCUGAAUGUGAUAGGAAAGGUGUUUCAUGUAAAUACAGAUAUCUGGAGUGACACAGGUAAGCCAGAGUCACAGAGGUACCUAUCUGGAGUCUAUCAUCAGGCCCUGUGGCAGGCAGAGCAGUACAGCAGCUCCUGUGAUGAUGUAUCCUUGUGUGGUCCUCGAGUGUUCACAGGGUGUAUUCUACAGAUACAGUUUUGAAAGAGGUACAGCAGUAAGAUUUAAAGAAACUGAAGUAAUUUUGCUGUUUGAUGGAUUUUCAAAGGUUUCCUUUUCUUCUGCAGCUGGCAUAAAACCAGUUUUGCCUUGAUGAAGUAUUCUCUGAUGGUGUUGGUUUGCAAGCUGUAUAUAAGCCUCUGUGUCUGUCUGUGUGUGACAGUGGAUUAUGGUUAUUUUAUUAACAACAGAAAAGUGUUGACCCUGAAUCUUUGGGCCAGUUCUGUGAUUUUCCACUUGCUCUAGCAUAGUGUCUGUAAGGCCUGUGUGGCUAUGAAGCAUCUUAAAAUAUAUGUGAAUGUCUGAAGCAGCAGGUGAUUAUGUCACCUUAAUCUCCUGCUGGAUCCCCAAAAGAACCAUUUAUCCAAGCACCAGUUCUCUCAUCACUGCUUUAAGUAAGGGCAGAAUCUCUUUGGGAGAUUGUGAAUUUCCCCUCUGUGGUUCUCAAAGACCUGGCAGGAGUCCUGUGUGCUUCCAUACCCCUGAAUGGGGGUCACAGCCCCACCACGCCUUCUGAGUGCUCAGAUUUGUCUUUAGGGCAGGGUUGAUCCAGAAUACAUCCAGAUGUAAAUUUGUGAAGGUUAAUGUCUCCAUCUCUCCUAAGAUGAAGCACACUUACAGCUACUAUGAGUUUCUGCUUUUUGGGGGAGGCUUUGAAGUAUCUUUCUGAACAGAGAUUGAAGCUUUUUCACUAGGGUGUGGUUUCUUAGUUGGAGAAGCAGCUAAUUAGAAAUCUGUUAUCAGUGAUCCCAGCAUUAAGGGGCUUGACCCUGUCCCUCAGAUCUGCUCUGGCCAAGUGCCUAAGCAUGUGCUUUACUUGGAGCAUGUGACUAAUCCCCUUAAAUUUGGUUGACUAUUCAUACGCUUAAAGUCCAUAAUGUGCUUUCUUGGAUGACAUUGAGCUUCCUGCAGAGUCCAGCCCAUGUUCUUCUUUUCCCGUCCUUCCCCUGUAGAUAAGGUGACACUCUGUCCUAGCCUGAGCAACCAGUAUGUUCUUGGUCUCCCUUUCUGUGAGGUGGAAAUGCAGGAUCCAUAUUUAGCAGGCUUUUUGCCACAUGUAGCCUUUCAUGUUGCACUUCUGGGACCCCAAAUCUCCAUGUCCCAGAGACCACAGAGCCACUGGAGUGCAGUGAGCACAGAUACUCUAAAAUGCCCAUCCUAAGGAUGCAGGAUGAAUUGGUUCAACACACAGUGAUCUGCAGGCUGAGGUUUUGUGUGUAGUGACUCAGUUGUGUUGCCCUGUGACCCUAAGGAGUCAUCUGCAGGGGUUCUGCUGUCUGUCCCUGCUGGAACACUGUACACCUGAAGGGGCACUGGGGCAGGAGCACAUGUGCCCUGUGUCCUCUGUCCUAUAGGAUAGGUGUCCUAUUGGACACCUCCUUCUUCAAACUAAAGCUGUUUGUGUGUUAAAUUUCCUAACUCAUAUUAGCUGCCUGUAUAUAUCAUCAAUCCCUUCUUCCUCUCUGCAAACACACAACCGAUCUUUCCUCAUCUAAACAGUACAAUCCCUCCAAUUCUUUUUCUAGUUGGGCUUUUUUUCUUCUACCCCAGGGACAGUCACAAGUGGAUCACAAACCACCAGUGACCAGAGCAAUUUCUUUGAAAUACUGCUUUUGAAAAAUUGUCAUUACUUUUUAAAAUGUUAUUCCAGCUGCAAUAACAAAUGGAAGGGGGAAAAAAAAGCAUCCUCAGAGUCCCCUAAACAGAGGAUCCUUAUCCUCCCAGGAGUGAAUUGUGAGAGUGCAGGUAUUCUGCUUUCCUGUGGAUGCAAGUCAUUUGGGACCAUUUUUAGCUAUGGCACGUUAGCUGUGCAGUUCAAUGGAUGGUGAAAAAAGCAAAGUUGGUGAAGGAAGGGAUUGAUGUGCAAGGGCUAUUUCAGCUUCCCAAGCAUUCCUGGAAGACUGUGUCUCCAUGGCUGUCCAUUUACCCACUGUGCAGCGCCUCUGAAUCAGGCUCAUCCCUGGAGCUCCACUGAUAAGCAGAGCUCAGAAGAAAAUCACUGUAAUCUGUCCUUAAUUCCUGAGUGCCACGCUAACUGCCAGCAGCGAAAUGGAGGGAAAAUAAUAUGUUACCAAGUAUAGCUUAAAUAAAGACAUGCAUUAUUUGG